AUGUGCCCACGACUACAGUGGUGUUUGUUCCCUUUUGAAAAGGACCUGCGGCUUCCGUGGUCUGGACCCUCAGAGCGACGACAAUGCAACAAAGCACGACUGCUCUUUUGCAGAAGGCCCCACUUUGUCUACCUCCCGCCCUUCCUUUCGUUCUGGCUCGCAGUGCUGACGUGUGCCUCGAGCAUUUUACGUCGGCGAUCCUGUUCCUCGAGUUGCAUCGGCUCCAGCCUCUUUUUGUGGAUACCGCUUGGAAUGUUUAGCGCUCUCCUUUUCCUGAGACUGUCUGUCUGUGAAUGGCUGCCACCGGCGGUGAUGCUGAUGCCGAUCCUGCUGGUGACGGGUGCGCUGAUCAUUUUCUCCGGUUUCCUCAGCAUGGCCUCCUUCUGGCUUGGAUGGAGAGGAAGCCGAGAUUGGAUGGAGUAUGCGUCAACGACCCUGGUAGUCAUUCUGACGGUGCUGCUGCCACUGCUGGCUAUACAGCUAGCACUCAUUGGGUGCGCCUUCGCUGAAUUCCCGGCCCAGAUGUCGGCUGUUGCUCGCGGCCUCUGGACCCAGCCUUCACGUUGCCGCUUCUGCUUCAGACCGCGAGCCCUGCAUGCUAUGAAGCAUCCAGCACAAAAGGGACAUCUGCGAUAG